CCCUUUUUUUCCUCCCACCAUCUACUCCCUCACUCCAUCCCCCUCAAAAGCAAGCUAAGUACAUGGGACAUGGGUGCUAAUUAACAAAUUGAGAAAGUCAUAUAAAAAUAUAUUCUGAGUUGUACUACCAGUAUUCAAGGGUUAUGAAAGGAACAAAUAAAGUCCAUUUAUAAAAGAGGUCUACACUCCAGACCAUUCUCUAUAAAUGAGAUCCUUUCCUCUCUGAAAGCUUUGAAUUAUCAACCAUUCAUCACUAUUCUUUCCUCAUCUCAAUUCCAAAGAAGAUAUAAUGGAAGUGGAGCACCAGCUAGCCAGAUGGGAUGGUUAUGUUGACUGGAGAAACAAACCUGCACUCAGAGGGAGACAUGGUGGCAUGCUGGCUGCCUCCUUUGUGCUUGUGGUUGAGAUAUUGGAGAACUUGGCAUUUCUGGCCAAUGCAAGCAAUCUGGUCAUGUAUCUGUCGGAGCAUAUGCACUUUUCUCCGAAGGAUUCAGCAAAUUCGGUCACUAAUUUCAUGGGGACAGCCUUCCUUCUUGCCCUUCUUGGUGGCUUCUUGUCUGAUGCUUUUCUCAACACUUAUUUCAUUUAUCUCAGCAGUGCUUUCCUUGAAUUCCUAGGUUGGCUGAUACUAACCGUGCAAGCUCAAUCAGCUUCUCUAAGGCCAGCAGAAUGUGAAGCAAAUGUUCCAUGCCGCAGAGUUGGUGGCGCUAAGGCGGCAAUGCUGUUUGCAGGCCUCUACCUAGCAGCACUCGGGAUCGGAGGCAUCAAAGGAUCUCUGGCAACACAUGGUGCUGAACAAUUUGAUGAGGACACUCCACAAGGAAGAAAGCAAAGAUCAACUUUCUUCAACUACUUUGUAUUUUCUCUGGCAACUGGAGCUCUUAUUGCAGUCACAUUGGUCGUAUGGAUUGAGGAUAAUAGAGGUUGGGUAUGGGGUUUUGGGAUUUCGACAUUCACAAUUUUCUUGUCGAUUCCUCUCUUCCUUGCCGGUUCAAAGUUUUACAGGAACAAGAUACCUUGUGGAAGCCCGCUGACAACCAUACUUAAGGUGCUCGCCGCUUCUGCUUUGAAUACUUGCGUUGCUGUGGCCAGAAGUCCAAACAAUGCCAUAGCAAGCAUGUCCGCGAGCCCUGCCUUUGGAACAUCGAUGAAGAUGGAAAAUCAACAGAUGACGAAGAAGAGUAGUAAGUCACUGGAUCUUCUUGAAACUCCAUCUGACAGUCUUAAAUUUCUCAACAGAGCAGUGACAAGAAUGCCAGCCCACAAAUUACUAGAAUGUACAGUGAAUGAAGUAGAAGAUGUGAAAAUUGUGCUCAAAAUCCUCCCUGUUUUUGGCUGCACUAUCAUGCUCAACUGCUGCCUAGCUCAGCUUUCCACAUUCUCAGUCCAACAGGCAGCCUCCAUGGACACAAAACUCGGAUCGUUUAAAGUACCUCCUGCAUCUCUCCCUGUGUUCCCUGUCAUCUUCAUAAUGAUUCUUGCACCAGUAUAUGACCAUUUAAUCAUCCCAUUUGCGCGUAAAGUAACUAAAACAGAGACGGGGAUCUCUCAUCUACAACGCAUUGGAAUAGGGCUAGUCCUUUCCAUUGUCGCCAUGGGAAUAGCAGCUCUUGUGGAGAUUAAACGGAAAAGAGUUGCGACUGAUACUGGCCUAGACACUACCCAGCCAUUGCCAAUAACAUUCUUCUGGAUUGCUUUUCAGUACCUGUGUCUUGGCUCAGCUGAUCUUUUCAGCCUAGCUGGUUUGUUGGAAUUCUUCUUCACAGAAGCUCCGAGUAGCAUGAGAUCGUUGGCCACUUCUUUGUCUUGGGCAUCACUCGCAAUGGGUUACUUUCUAAGCACAGUAAUCGUUUCCAUAGUGAAUAGUGCGACAGGCAGCGCGAAGAACAAGCCAUGGCUCUCUGGUCCUAAUCUGAAUCACUAUCAUCUGGAGAGAUUUUACUGGCUAAUGUGUGCACUCAGCAUACUGAAUUUUCUGCACUAUCUUUUCUGGGCAAACCGCUACAAGUAUAAAGCCCUUAACAAGGGUUAGGGCCAGGUACUGUAGAUGAUUUACAGAAAGAAACUUCCCAAGUGCAUACAUUUGACAAAGGGACAGUUUUAACAUGGGCAAUCUCUUAACUACUGGGGCUGUAAAUAUGCUGGAGAUUAUUUGAUGGAAGUAUUUUUCUUGA